AAACAGCUGAUGCCGCGAGAUGUCAUCGCGAUAGUUGUCAAAGGUCGAUAGAAAACGCUUCGACUUUGAUCAUCCAUCUCUAAUUAUACUCUUCAUUAUUCUAUUCUACCAAUUUAAGUGAAAGCUAAAAUACAUAUUCGAGAUACCUUUAAAACAUUGAAAAAUAUGUAGCCAAAAACUUUUCACAAUCCAAGCUAUUAAACGUCCUGUGCAUAAUCGAUUGCUGAUAAUUGCUGCAACAUAAUCGUGUGCUGACAUAAGAUUAACCUCUAAAUCUCUAAACACGAUGCAAAGGGAGGAGAAACAAUUGGAUUCGGCCUUGGAAGCCAUAAUAAUGCGAGUAAACGAUUUAAAAACUGCGAUCGCCGCAAUGAUAUUUAAAAUAGAACAUGAAUAUGAGACCUUGAAUUGGCCAAAUUUUCUUGACAAUUUCGCCCUUAUUUCAGGUCAUUUGACUAGUCUUUCAAAGAUUCUCGCACACGAUAAAGCGCCCAAUCUCAGAAACCUGACGGUUCUACCGCUACGCUUGAGUCCUGAGAAAGAUGAAGAGUUGCUUCGAUUGACUGAAGGCAGAAUCCCUACAUUUGCCCAUGAUUUGGUUCCAGAUUACUUAAGGACAAAGUUGGAACCUCAAGCUGAACAGAAAAUGAUGCAGUUGGAAGCUAAAGCUGCAAAUGUUAACAUUGAGACAUCACAUGACUACAAUAAACAACUGACACAAUAUACAAAGGUAAUUGGUCAUGUGUGGGAUAUAGCAAAUAAGGCACGCGAAGAAUGGGAGAGCGAAGCUGGAGCCAGAGCGACACAAGCACAGACCAGUAGCGCUGCAGAUACUCAUGCUCUUCUGGCUGCUGUGGGGAUGGGUAAAGGUUUAAAGUCUGAUUCCAUACAAAUGGUUCAAUCUGGUGUAAAUUCAGUAAAUAACGGCAUGAUGGUGGGUAGACCUGGCAAUCAGCAGCAGACACCAGGACAAGGACCAAUGGGUAAUCCACAAAUGGGACAAAUGAAUAAGGCACCGAGUGCGAUUAAGACAAAUAUCAAAGCAGCAUCACAAAUUCACCCUUAUAGAUAAGAAUGUGACACUUUUAUGAGAUACUAUCGCAUAUGAACGAGGAGAUAUGCACUUGUUCAUCACAGGCACAAUUACAGCUUCUAGAUCUUGUUCGUGUAACCAUAAUAAUCGAUCCUGCAGAAUCAACGACUCUGCCGGGAGUUGUAGCAUCAUUUGCAGACCA